GUCAGGGUUGAGUAAUGGUGUAGCGCGCAUCUCCCACGUGUAAUCUCAUUCGAUCGCAGCUCUCGCGCUCAGGUGGGGGGACUUUUGGUUAAUCCUCAAGGUUUUGCUCCCACCAGCAGGGAAAUCAAUCUCAGCAGCAUGCUGCGGUCCCCCGCACAACCUCUUUUGACCGCACGCCGAGCAUAAUAAAAUAAUAUAAUAAUAAUAAUAAUAUUGUUACUUCUUUUUACAUUUAAAAUAAACUCACAAAAGCCAUUCCACUACUUCUGUAGUUUGCCAAGUCACCAGUGCACCGAAGAUGCCCCACCAAGAACAAGUGAUGGCUCACGGGAACCUCUGCUCCCCGGGUCCUCCAAACAACGGCGGGUAUAACAGCAACCCGGUGCCAGUCAUCGUUCAGACAGAAUCCCGGGACAAAUGGACGAAAAAAAUGGAUUUCCUUUUAUCUGUCAUUGGGUUCGCGGUGGACCUCGGAAAUGUGUGGAGAUUUCCAUAUAUCUGUUAUCAAAACGGGGGCGGGGCUUUUCUUAUUCCCUAUGUCCUGAUGGCUGUAUUUGGCGGAGUGCCACUUUUCUACAUGGAGUUAGCUCUGGGUCAGUUCCACAGAACAGGUGCCAUUUCCAUAUGGAAACAUAUUUGCCCUAUGUUUAAAGGCAUUGGUUUCGCCAUCUGCAUCAUUGCACUGUACGUGUCCUUCUACUAUAACACCAUCAUCGCCUGGGCUCUGUUCUACCUCUACUCCUCCUUCAGUAGCACUCUACCCUGGACUAACUGUGAUAAUGACUGGAACACAGAAAACUGCACUAACUACUUCGGAAAAGACAACGUGACCUGGACAAACUAUUCACGCUCACCGGCCGAGGAGUUUUACACGAGGAAAGUUCUGGCAGUACAUGAAUCAUCUGGGCUUGGGGAUGUAGGAUACAUUCGCUGGCAACUCUGCCUCUGCCUCUUCCUCAUCUUCACCAUCGUCUACUUCACUCUUUGGAAAGGAGUCAAGACUUCAGGAAAGGUAGUAUGGGUGACUGCCACCCUGCCGUAUGUGGUGCUAUUGAUUCUAAUGGUCCGUGGUGCCACUCUGCCUGGAGCAUGGAAAGGAGUGGUGUUCUACCUCAACCCUAAAUGGGAAAAACUGAAGGAGACCAGUGUAUGGGUGGAUGCAGCAGCACAGAUCUUCUUCUCUCUUGGUCCUGGGUUUGGGGUGCUGCUCGCCCUGUCCAGCUACAAUCCCUUCCACAAUAACUGUUACAGAGAUGCCAUUGUAACCAGCCUGGUGAACUGCCUGACGAGUUUUGUGUCAGGGUUUGUUAUUUUUACUGUCCUGGGAUAUAUGGCUGAACAGAGAAAUGUAAAUGUUGAAGACGUGGCCAGGGACAAAGGACCCAGUCUACUCUUCAUCACAUAUCCAGAAGCCAUUGCUAAUAUGGUUGGGUCGACUUUCUUUGCAAUCAUCUUCUUUGUGAUGAUGAUUACUCUAGGACUGGACAGCACUUUUGGUGGGUUAGAGGCCAUAAUCACAGCUGUAAUGGAUGAGUACCCAGAUACCCUCUCCCAUCGGAGAGAGUUGUUUGUUCUUGGACUGGUGGUUGUUUGUUUUCUGGGCUCUCUCAGCACCCUUACUAAAGGUGGUGCAUAUGUGGUGAAGUUACUAGAAGAAUUUGGAGUUGGUUCUUCUAUUAUAGCUAUAGUCUUUCUAGAGGCUACUGCAGUCUCUUGGUUUUAUGGUAUUAACAGAUUCAGCAAUGACGUUAAAGCAAUGUUGGGCUAUACUCCAGGACUGUUCUGGAGAGGGUGUUGGGUUGCCAUCAGCCCAGCAUUUCUGGCUUACAUUAUUAUCAGCUCGCUGUUGAAUCCCCAGCCCCUUACGCUAUUCGACUAUGAGUUCCCAGACUGGAGCAUCACGGUUGGUUACAUCAUCGGAGCUUCCUCCUUCAUAUGGAUCCCCAUAUAUAUGGUUUACAAGUUCGUGUGGACCCCAGGCUCUCUUAAACAGCGCCUUGCUGUUUGUCUGCGACCAGAGAGAACAUUGCCAGACAUCCACCCUGACAGUAUGGGUCUAAGUCCUGUACCCUAGACCUGCUCCCAUCCACCAAGACCAAAACAACAAAAUGCAACUCAAGCAAAUGGAGCAUACAUCUGCCAUUAUACAGUACAGUACGUCAACAGCAAACCAUAAGAAUCUAAGGAGAAAGAGCAGCUUUCACAUAGUUUCAGGGAUUUCUCCAACUGAAAUGAGUAUCCAAAAUUAUCUAUUUGAAAGCAAUACAAUUAGAUUUGAUCAUCUGACAAAGGAAAACUCAUGUUCUAUGUACAGUAAUGAUGUUCAAUAAGGUCUCCAGUUGAACAUGCUGUGCAGUUUACAAAUUGUUGACGUUAUUUUUUAUUAUUUAACAUAUAAGAUGAAGAGUUCAGUGACAUUUACAAUGUAAGUCAUAAAUACCCUACAAGUCACAAAACAUUUUUGAGAAACAUGCAAGUGAGAUUACCUCAUUGUGAGAAAUUCAGCCAGUGAGAACACGCAACUUCACAUACACAUCUCACUCUUUUUUCUUUCUUUUGUUUUUCAGAAAUAAAUGUUGUCAAGAUUUAAACAUUAUGGUGUUUUCUGCCUUAACUCUGCCUAUAUAUUGUAGCGAUACUUUAUGUCAAAACUUUGUAUCAUUUGUAUUGAUAUUGUGCCUCACCAAGAAAUUAAAAAAGAAGGGUUAUUUUCUGUUCCUCUUCUGGAACUAAAUAUGACUGUUUAAAAUCCUUGUUCUCUGACAAAACUUGAGCCCAAAUCCUAGCUAUGUAAAAUGGUGUUAUGUUUCUUCCUAUAAUUUUUACAAAUAAAGAGUAAAGGAUGUUACUGAACUCUUGAUGUGACCAAAUGUAAAACUGCUAUGAAUGUCUUGGAAAUAUACUGUAGUUGGAAAAUUGGUGUCCAUAUAUCAUGUGUGCAUUGUAGGUUGUGGCAGAGAGUUUUGCUUGUAUUUACUGUUUGUCUGGAAAAUUAAUA